AUGUAUAUACUUGCAAAAGUUGCUGGCGGCGAAGUUGACGAGUAUUAUGAUGUUCUCGAGGCAUUCUUUGCUGAAGGUGCCGACGGGUCGGGCCUGGUGAUGACAUUCCAGCGACAACUCUCUGCGGAAGAGCCUUGGAAUGGUGAUAUUUUAACAGAUGACUAUUUCAACAACAGUUAUUGUGUCACCCUUGGAUCUGAAGUGACGAUAUAUGGCGGGCUAGAGCAGGUCUCCUUUCAGGGUUCCAAAGGAUACUUUUAUUUCUCCGAUCAUGCGGCUGCCGAUCUCGGAGGACGACAACUGGUCGUUGAUUUUGAGGUGUCUGAGCAACUCCUACAGCUCUUUCAACAGUUUCUCAGGCAAGCAGUGACAUGGGGAGUCCCUAGUCAGAUCCCCCAACUCAACGGUUUAGCAUUCAAAGGUUCCAUCAUGGAUGCUCCCAACACUCAGCCAAAGGAGCCAGUUGAAGGAAUUAAAGCCCCCAAUCUCAGAGGCGAUCACCUCAAACUCACAUUUGUCUCCCAAGAGCAACUGGAUCGUGAAGGCGGAAACCCUCCUGAGAAUGUGGCCGGUACUAGCGAACCAUCCCCCGAGGAAAUCGCAUAUCUUUCUAACUUGACUCCUUUCCAGCAGAAGAUAUGCGAUAGCCUCCACGGUUUGGGCUGGAUCGAUACCGACAUUUUCAACUUUCUGAUCCAAUUUGAGAACAAGCAAGAACAAAUACGGGCUGAAAUGAGAAUAAAGGGGCAGAGUGAGACCGACAUUCAAAAGCUCGGGGAUCUCUGUGAGGUAGAUAUGGAGGAUUUCUCGCACCUCCGACGGUCUGGCGGCAACCGGGCCCUUGAGCAAUACCAGUCUGAGCUAUACCUGCUGCAUGAAAAUAAGAGACAAAGAAGGGUUAUGUUAAAUGAAGAAUAA